AUGGAUUCGGAUAGAGACGUAGCUAUGGAGGAUGUCAACAUGUCGUUGGAUGAUGUCAUGGAUUCGAUUGAUAUCAACGUUAUUGCAAACGACGAAACGGGCAUUGCCAACGCCAACACCAAGAAGAACAAGUCCAAGAGCAACAUAUCCUCCAAGAACCAACCAGCUGGCGCAGCAGCUGCUGCAGCGCAGCAGCAACAGCAGCAGCAGCAGCAGCAGCAAACAUCGAUACUAGACACCCUGUCAAUCAACCAGUUAGACCAGUGGAUUGAAAAAUUGAGCAAGUGCGAGCCGUUGUCGGAACAAGACGUCAAGAAGCUCUGUGAAAUGGCAGUCGAAGUGUUGCAGAAGGAGGAAAACGUACAGCCGGUUCAUGUGCCCGUCACCAUAUGUGGAGACGUCCAUGGCCAAUUCCACGACUUGAUGGAGUUGUUCAAGAUUGGCGGACCAUGUCCCGAUACUAACUAUUUAUUUAUGGGCGAUUACGUUGAUAGAGGCUACUACUCCGUGGAAACCGUGUCUUACUUGGUUUGUAUGAAGGUCCGUUUCCCCAAUAGAAUCACGAUAUUGAGAGGAAACCACGAGUCGAGACAAAUCACCCAGGUCUAUGGCUUUUACGACGAAUGCUUGAGAAAAUACGGCUCGGCCACGGUGUGGAAGGUCUUCACCGACUUGUUCGACUACUUCCCCAUCACGGCCUUGGUCGACAACAAGGUGUUUUGUCUCCAUGGCGGCUUGUCGCCCAUGAUUGAAACCAUUGACCAAGUUCGAGAAUUGAAUAGAAUCCAAGAGGUGCCCCACGAAGGACCCAUGUGCGAUCUAUUGUGGUCGGACCCCGACGAUAGAGGCGGGUGGGGCAUAUCGCCACGAGGCGCCGGCUUCACUUUUGGCCAGGAUAUAAGCGAACAGUUUAACCACACCAACAACUUGAGUCUUAUCGCGAGAGCCCACCAGUUGGUGAUGGAUGGUUUCAGCUGGAGCCACCAGGAAAACGUCGUUACCAUAUUCUCGGCACCAAACUAUUGCUAUCGAUGCGGUAACCAGGCUGCUAUUAUGGAAGUUGACGAACAACAUAAUAGACAAUUUUUACAAUAUGAUCCAAGUCUCAGACCUGGUGAACCAACUGUUACUAGGAAAACCCCCGAUUAUUUCUUAUAA